GCCCUGGCCAGCCACGCCCGCGCCCACCUGCGGCAGUUCGGGGUCACCGAGUGGUGCGUGAACGGUUCCCCCAUCGAGACCCUGCGCGAGUGGAUCCGGCACCGCCCGCACAAGGCCGGCGCCUACCGCAGCUACAUCCAGGGGGGGAGGCCCUUCUCCAAGAAAUUCCGCAACUCCGCCCACGCCCGGGAGCCCCGGGGCGGCCCCCUGGCCCUGCAGCCCCCCGGGGUGGCCUUCCUGGGCAAGGGGCUCCCCGGGGAGCUGCCCCACGGCGACGGGAAGGGGCUGGACGGGCACGGGGAGAGGCCCCUGGUCACGUCCCCGCUGUCCCUGGUCAAGGUGGAGGAGCACCAGCGCUCCAACAUCAGCAAGUUCGAGCGGAGACAGGCCCGGCCCCUGGACGCCGCCCUGCACCGGGGGGAGGAGGAAGGGGCAGAAUUCCAGCAGAAGUUGGAGGAGCCGCGGCCGCCGCCGCCGAGGGUGCGCCCGGUGCCCUCCCUGGUGCCGCGCCCGCCCCAGACCUCCCUCGUCAAGUUCGUGGGGAACAUCUACACCCUCAAGUGCAGGUUCUGCGAGGUGGAAUUCCAGGGCCCGCUGUCGAUCCAGGAGGAGUGGGUCCGGCAUCUCCAGCGGCACAUCCUGGACAUGAAUUUCUCCAAGGCGGAUUCGCUGCGGAGCGAGGCCCCGGCGCCCCCCGAGCCCCCCUCGGCCCUGGCCGAGGCCCAGUAGCGCCGAUUCCGGACCCGGCACAGGGACAUCCUCCAUCCUCACCCCCCCCCUUCCCGCUCCCACCGUCUCCCGGAGUUUUUGGGAAAAGGGGGCGGGAGAGGGGCCCGAUCGCUGCCUUCGCCCCUCUGGAGCGUCCCCCCCUCCGAUCCCGGGGGGGGCCACAAUCCCGGCCACAAUCCCGGCCACAAGCACUACAUGGAUUGCGGGGCGGAGCCUCGGGAAUCCCCCGGGAUCCGCCACCGGAUCGGGGCGGGAACGACUCGACACCGGGACGGGGGGGAGCGGGGGGAGGCUGAACUUCUCCCCCCCCCUCCUUCCUCGCUUCCCGAAAUCCGUGUUUUUUUAACCCAAAGAACAAACGGUGUCGCCUUUCCCGGUGGCGAUCGGGGCCGGAGCCGGGGGCCGGAGGGAAUUCCGGGCGCGUUCCCGGAAAACGCUGUGGAUUUUGUACAUGACCCUUCGAGUUCCUGUAUAUUCGAGUUUUUUCCAUAGGCGCCGGUCGGAUUUAGUGGCGCGUAGAUGUCGGAAUCCCUCGGUUCCGGGGUUGCAUGUUCCCAAAAUCCCCCCUUUUUCCCGCACCAAAACGCCGCCGCCUCCCUCCCGCCCUUCCCACCGGAUUCGCCGCCCUCCUCCCGCCGCCCAUUCCCGGGGAUUUCCCCGCGGGGGAGCGGCGGGCGAGACCCACCAGUGGGAACUGGGAAAUCCCUGGGGAAUUCCGGCAUUCCCACCCGGAACCGGCCGUGGCGGCGCCGGGAGGAUUCGGCUCAGUUUUCCCCCUUUUCCCGUUUUUUUUCCCGGUUCCACCGUUGCUUUGUUGUUUUUUCCCGGUUUUUUCCUCGUCCCAGCUCCAUAGACCCGACUUUUUUAAACUCUAGACUUGUGUAGAAAUAAGGAAUAUUCAUUUUUAUUUGGGAAUCCCGAAACUUCCGAAUUUCGGAGGGAAUUUUAACGGAUAAAUAUUUUUUUUUUCAUCUUUUUUUUCUUU